UGCGGCGUUGCCCUUCCGCUUCCUGCAUUCUGCCAGGAGCGACCCAAUGCGUUAAGGGGGAAAAGAUACGCCCAGGAGGGAAUUGUCUGCUUUGCUGAGAGACCAGCAGUUGUUUCUGGAUGACCUUCGACCAGGAGGGAACAAUGCCCUUUCUGCACGGCUUCCGUAGGAUCAUCUUUGAGUACCAGCCGUUCGUAGACGAGAUCUUGGGCUGCCUGGGGUUGCAGGAUCCUGAACGGCAAGAAACCCUCGAGAGUCCCGGCGACGUGGCGGAAGAUGACGGCCGACUGCUGGUCCUCCAGGAGCUUCUGGAGAGAGAGGCCCAUUCCCCGUUCUACCAGGAAGGAGUGAGCUACGCUCUGCUGAAAGUGGCCGAGCUCGGGCUGACUCACGCUGCCGAAACCCUCUUACACAACGGGGCAGACAUCGUCUUUGAAGAUCCAGUCACGUAUUACACAGCCCUGCAUAUUGCAGUGCUCCGGAACCAGCCGGACAUGAUGGAACUCCUGGUACAGAGAGGGGCGGACAUUAAUCGGCGGGACAGGAUUCACGAAAGCAGCCCACUGGACCUCGCUAGUGAAGAGCCAGAACGCCUUCCCUGUCUGCAGCGUCUCCUCGAACUCGGUGCUGAUGUCAACGCAUCCGACAAACAUGGAAAGACAGCGUUGCUCCACGCUCUGGCCAGUAGCGACGGAGUUCAGAUCCACAACACAGAAAACAUUCGUCUCUUGCUAGAAGGAGGUGCAGAUGUCAAGGCCACUACCAAAGAUGGCGACACCGUCUUCACCUUCAUCAUCUUCCUCCUGGGAGAGAUGGUGGGAGGGGACAAGGACGAGGCCCAGAAGAUCAGCCGCUUCUGCUUCCAGGUCACGCGGCUGCUGAUGGCCCACGGCGCUGACCCUAGCGAGUGCCCCUCCUACGAGUCCCUCACCCACCUCUGCCUGAAGAGCUUCCGUCUCCAUUUCCCACUCCUGCGCUUCCUCCUGGAGUCGGGGGCCUCCUACAACUGCUCCCUCCACGGACCCUCGUGCUGGUCAGGCUUUGACAUCAUCUUCGAGAGGCUGUGCUCCCACAUCAGCGAAUCCGAAGACGACAGCUUCUCCAUCGACCUCCUGCAGAAGGCCGAGACGGCGCUGGAGCUCAUGAUGGCCAGCUCUCCGGCCGUAAAGCUGCCGAGCCCUUUCGAGGUCAACCUGAGCAACUGCCGCUUCCACAAGGAGAAGAUCAAGACCCUCUUCUGCUCCCUCAAGCAGCUGGAGCACUCUCCGCCCACCCUGAAACACCUCUGCCGAGUCCACAUCCGCCAGAGCCUGCGACCCUGGCCGGUGGAGGUCAAGGUCAAAGCCCUUCCGUUGCCCGAGAGACUAAAGUGGUACCUCCUGAUAGACCACGGCAGUUCCACGGAACAGGAUGUGUGAGUUAGCGGGGCAGAGCAUGGACCUAGACACCUCACCACACACAUGAAACACAGGCUGUGGAGUGUGCCAGCAUGCUAAAGAUCUUCAUUGCGAGCUCAACUCCAGCUGGUUGGUCUCCACAGAGUUCAUAAAUUGUCACAUCUGGUGGUGACCCUCCAUCCUUCUGUGAACACCUGGCCUUUGUUCCCUUAACCGAAGGAUAGGCAUCGUUCUCUGAUGGGACAGAAUCUGGGACUAAACCGCAUGAUCACGGGUAGCUGAGGGAAAGGAGGUCUUCCUUGGCAGGUUGGAUCUGUGCCUUGACCAACGAGAACUCAGCUUGAACAAUCCUGCCCAACUCUUCAGCCUGCAUUUCUGGCAAAUGAGAAUGUUCAGCAGUUCCGCUUGGCCAAUAAAAUCACGUGUCU